AUGGUCCACACUCCUCUUCAAGCUGUUUACACCGCUCCAGACGCCACCAAGUCUUUCCAGCAUGCAACCCCUGUGGCUGGUGGGACUGCCUCUGACCCCCUCGCCGCCAAGCUCACUCACCUGCGAGCCCUCCAAUCCCUAGUCCCAAAGCUCCAGGACGAGAUCAACGUCUACUUGACCGCACGAAUGGAAGAAGACAAAAAGGCGCAAGGACAAACAUCGGAUAAGGAAGCUAAGGAGGAGGAAAACUACGGGGAGGAAGUUGUCGAAGACGAUGCUUGA